GUCGCGCGGCGCGUGUGUGCCAAAUUCUUAGCGGCGCGGCCACUGCCAGAAGAAGUGCGAGUGCGGCGGGCGGCUUGCAUGCUUCUUUGCUUGCCCUCCACCAUCCUCACCCUUCUCCCCCGCGCCUCGCAUUCCCCACCUCUCUCUCUCCCGCUACGCAGUGCGCUGCGUCGUGCACCGGCACCGGGCGAAUCACACAAUGCUCGCCACCGGCACCUCGACGCACAAGCGUCGGCGCGCCGCCUCGCGUGCCGACGCUGGCCGCAGUGCGCUGAGCAGUGUGCAUGCGCAGCCUAGCAGAAGGGUGCUCAGCUAUGCAAUGCACCCAUACGACGACGACGACGACGAGGGCGAGGGCACAGAGACGCAGCAGCGCGACAUGGGCAAGGGCAAGGGCAAGGGCAAGGGCAAGGGCAAGGGCAAGGAGAGGCAGAGGCAGAGGCAGAGGCAGAAACAGAUGGAUCAACGGCUCCUGCACGCGGCACAGGAGCUGCUGCUGCCUCAUUCCCUUCGCAUUCUGAUCCCUCAUCCCGCCUCCUCCUCCUCCUCCGCUGCCGCCUUCGUCGCUCCCGCGCCGCGCCGCUCGACCCGCGCAUGCAUCGCCGCCGUGCGCCUGUGCCAUCUGCUCUGCCCCGACGCGCUGCUGGGCUUGGUCAGGCAGCAGGCCCUGACAAUGGUCGCGGGCAGAAUGGACGAGGGAGAUGGCGUGGCGUGGGUCGUGGCGCACG